AUGAGCAACAAGGUCGUCUCUGGCACCUACCGCGCCGUCAUCGACGAUGUGAUUGCCAACGUGAGGCAGGACUUCGAAGAGAUGGGCAUUGAGAAGGAGGUGCUUGAGGAGCUGCAGAGGUCCUGGGAAGCUCGCCUGGUAGCCACAGGCGUGACUGACUUCGAAGGCGCACCCGUCGUCCCGCGUCAAUCUCGCAAGCAGCAGCAGAAGGACCAACCAUCCGGCUCUGGCUCUGGAGGCGAUGCAGCUGCGGACAACAAAGACGGCAUCGUCAAGAAGGAAGGUGCGGAUGGUGAGCCCUCCGCUGAGCCCUCGGCCUCGACUUCCACGUCCAACAAGGCAGCCAGGACCGACGGCAGCUCGGAUGCGGCCUCUGGCAGUCGAAGCGGUGAGGCCAAUGGGGCUGAGGAGCGCGAUGCCAACGGAGCUGGCGGCGCAGAGGGCGAAGAAGCAGGCCCAUCCGCCUCGCAAGCCUCUCGUGCAGGCGAGAAGCGCAAGCAGCCUGAAAGCAACAGCGACGAGAUCGGCAGCGACCUCGACGACUCGGACGAGGAAGCGGAGGGCGAAGCGGGGCUCGAGGGACACGAUGGAGACACAGUGCUUUGUCUCUACGAGAAGGUGAACCGGGUCAGGAACAGGUGGAAGUGCGUGCUACGCGAUGGAGUGGCAAACAUUGAUGGGAGGGACUACCUUUUUACGAGGUGCAACACGUGACGAAUUCGAGUGGUGAGACGAGACGAUGACUUGGACGAUCCUUGAUGUUCUACCAUC